AUGUCCGAACAAGCACCGAAGCCAAACUCAAUGGCAGAUGUCCUUUCAAGGUUGUCAGACAAGCGCCCAGUUCAAAUUCAAAUUGCCCAAUUGAACGCUCAUCUGUCAAACACCAUUAAGACUCUCCAAAGUAGUCUUAUGGAAGAGAUAACCAAUCUCAAAGUCGAAGUCCUCACGAACCAAGCUUCCAAUAAGAAAGUCCUGAACGAUUUCGCGGAAACCUUGCGCCAAUACAACAUAGAGAACCAAAACCUUGCCCAACUCAUCUACCGUUUCUUCGAAGAGAUUGACACCAUCUGGGCGGCACUCGGAAAGGACAGAACCUCCAACACCGUAAUUC